GAAAAUUUCGAGCCGUAAGUUCCGGGACGGAAAAGCUGUGCGAAGUUUGCAGAAUGUGACCGCGCGGUGCGUGAACGGAAGUUUGCAGAUCGGGUUCCACCAGGAGGCUUUCGCACCGGUCGCAGACUUGAUUACGCCCAACGCGGACGCCGUCUACCUGCGCAAGGUGGCGGCGCGCUUGGAGGUGAACAUCGGCGUGCCCACGCAGUACCCGCUCCACGGAGAGGUCGAGCAACGGUUUCGCCAGACAAUCGCCUCCUACGCCGCCCGCCCGCCGAGCGACGGGCAGCUGCGGAACAUGCUACGAGAGGCUUUCAAUAGCAUUGAGGCUGCAACGCCGGAGGACUCGUACAGUAAUUCGGCUCCGCUGAUGCAGCUGCUACCCGAGCCGGAAGAUAAUGAGACCACCAGACGCCCUAUUCGUAUUGCACCAACUUCUUCUUCGGAUAAUAAUGAAGCUGCGACCGAGCAGUUUGAACAAACCAUCCGGACGGCCGACUUUGGCUUUCGCACGGCACGGCUCGGACCGCCGAGCGAAGAGGACGUCGAGGGACUGACUCCGCGCAGCGCCUUCCUGGAGCGCACGAGCUUUCCGCCCGGAAUGUUGCGCACCUUAUCGGACGCGUCGCUCAGCAGCCAGCGCACUGCUCAAAGACCUCGUCGAGCGUCCUCGCCCGCAAGUAUAACGACUGCUGCUCCGAGUCGUGCUGCUGCCGCCGCAACUAAUCAACCGCGUGGUGGUCGGCCGGUCGCAUCAAGGUCUGCUGCCGCCGCCGGCAGAACUGCUGCACCAGCCUUCGAUACUUCUUCUAGCAGUGGCGCAGCUUUGUCACGGAGCAGCAGUGCGCCGGGCUUUCGCUCGAGCGCGCACGGGACAAAUCAAACGGGAAGUGGCCGAACCGCCCCGCUUCCGCAGCAACCCACCCGUCGUCGACGCACGCAGAACGAGCGGCCUCUGUUUCCGGAGCAAACCUGGCGGGAUUUGGAAAAAGUUGUUUCGGAUCUGCACUUGGUUCCGCAGCGCGACCACGUGGUGCGCGUGUGGCGCAGCGAUUUGCAGGGAUCCCGGUACACGGACCAGUACCGCCCGGCGGAGCUAGCAGAAACCUUCGAAAUCGUGCGGCCCGCGCACGCCCGGCAGCGGGUGUACCGGAAUGCGGACGAUGAAUACGGGAUCACCCUGGAGUUGAACAGUUCGUUGGAACUCGGGCAGCUCAGCGAGUUGCUGGAGCGCAACCUCGAAGCCCCGAGCCGAUCGCACGACCGCCGCUUGACGCGUUCGUCGUCAGCAUCGAACUUGUUAGGCGCGGCUCGGAGUACCGUCCGUCGUGAUGCUGCUAGUGGUAGUAGCACUUCGAGUUCCACUGCGCCUCGAUUCGCCCCGCCACGUCGCGCGCAGACCGGACCGUUGAUGGGGCAGAGCUCGCUGAUGAAAGUGCUGCGGAGCGGAAAAUUUUUCCCCGUCGGAGUGCCGAAAAGCCUACAGGGGAACCUGUGGCCGCGGAACCGCCAAACCCCCGGCGACAGCGCCAUCGUGUUCUACGCGUACGCUCCGAGUCAGGACGCCGUGCUGGGGCGCCUGGCUUCCAGUACGUCAAAUGUGAAUCGGAAUCUCACGCACGGAGACCAGCCAGCCGGGCUCAACACAACUGUUUUGCAUCUGGUUUUGCAAAGAUACGGUGGAGCUAGUAAUUUGUGA